UCGAUUUACUUUUCUCUUCAAAGGCAGCUGACUUGGUCGUCCCCUCGAGCCAGUCUCAUUUUGCGUUAUAACGACAAUUCUGGCGACAACAGUUGCCGGUUUAAUGUGCAGAAUUUGAAAAAAAAACCAGUCGCUUCUGCUAGAAAAACCUGUCUAAGUUUCGCCGCCAUGGACAAGAAAAGACGGACUAGGUCAUUUUGCCAAUCGUUUAUCUCAAAGAUUAAUGGCGUCUUGCUCCUUUUGCUGUUGCAAUCAGGUCCUGUGUACAGCGCGGGCUCCAAUUUUAUUAUCAAUACAACGGCAGCAACGAUACAUGAGAUUGACAAUAGUCCAAAAAGUACUGGAAUAAUAGAAAACAGAACGUUCCACGGUCCAAAUAACGGUACAUGGAGUUACUCAGUGGCAUCCUUUAAUCUGACCGAUUCGGUUGCUGUUGGCAUCUUUUCGUCCGCAAGCAACGUAUCUAUAUGUGGUGCGCAUGCGCUCUCUGUGACUGUGCAAGGCAACUUUACAAUAGGCACGGAGCUUGACGUGAGCGGACAAGAAGUCAAUUUCACCUCACGCGAUAAACCGCUGUUUUGGCUUGGUGGAUUUGUACGUGUCAACAAGUCUUGUUGUACACUAGGAGCGGGGCCUGGUGGUGCUUUCAGCUAUCAUGGAGGAGGCCAUGGUGGAAGAGGAGGUGGUUUUUAUCAAGAUAGGAACACCAGUAGAUUCUUUGGGUGGUCGUACUAUGACACGUCUUACUUGCUCGGUGGAAGUACAGGAACAGUUUUGUUCAGCAGCAAAUCUGGCUCUGGUGGUGGAGCUAUUGAAUUAGUCGCUGAAAACGGAAUCCUGACCGUUGAUGCUCCAAUUAAAGCAGACGGUUACUCAAGUAGUAACACAAGUGACGAUCACUGUGCAGGAGGUAGUUCAGGUGGACUGAUAAGACUACAAGGAAAUAAGGUGAUCAUAGGAAGUAACGGACGAUUAUCGGCAGCUGGUGGGGACAGCGGUUACAGUUUGAAUCAUUCUCAUUACUGUGGGGGUGGAGGAGGGGGUGGAGUUAUCCAAGUGUUUUCGCUCACUGAUAAUACAAACUAUAUAGCCAACAGUACAAUCAGUACGCGGCCUGGACUCGGAAUACAGGAUGGCGAGGAAGGGUUGGAGCAAGUCGCUGUGUACUUCGACAGAGAUAUGGACUUGGUUAUCAACACUUCCUCAUGUAAAAUGACUUGGGCUUCUGACUACGAAUACCUAGGCACUGUUGAGGACCGAAUAUUCAACGUAACCACAGACGAAGGCAAAGAAAUGACGGAGGAUUUCGAAGUCUGCAAAAUCGAAUUUACUUCGUCGAUAUUUAUUGGGCCAAGAGUGCGCGUAAAAUUCAGUGGACAUCUAGCACUUUCUUUAAUCAGCACACAUGGGAAUAUCGAAAUCAAUUCGCCGUUAAACAUCAGUGGGUUUGAAUUGUCGGUAAGCUCAAGUGUUGGAGGCUACGUGAAGACUUCAGGCGAUGGCUCAGAUGCAGGCCCUGCAAAUGUCUCAAACUGCAGCUCACCUGACUUGUACGGACAUGAUUUUGACGCGCUCUUAGGAGGAAGUGUAUGCUCAUUUUCGUAUGGGAACCAUCAAAUAACUGCGGUUGGAGGCGGGGCCUUGGAGUUGAGAGCAAGGAAUGGAGCGAUUGUCAUAGCUUCUACCAUCUCAGCGGAUGGGUAUUCCUCAGACACUGCCAGGGUUGGCGCCAUGGGAGGCACUAUCCGGUUAGACGCUAACAAGGUCAUUUUGCAAAGAAAGGGCCUUUUGACAGCUCGAGGAUGGCAGGCCGGUGGUGGUGUGAUCCAGAUAUGGAGUGACGAGGACAUGGAAGGAAUCUGUGACUCAAAAUUUGACGUAACUGGUAACACACUUGGUCUUGUCAACAUCCUUGUUUCCACCGCGAACACGUUUCAAGUGCAGUAUAUUCAGCAAGGAAUCUUAGAGAUCGAUACGACCAAUGCCAGAUGGAUGCACAAGUUGUCUUCAAAUUCGUCCAUGUUAUAUUCGUAUUACGGUAAAAUAGAAUCAAGGGAGAUACCAGCUCUCAACAUUCAAUAUAAAGUCGCGAAAUUUGAGUUCCAGACACCGAUUCUCAUCAACGGCUCUGCAGAGGUUAAGUUGUCGGGUUCACACUCGCUAUCUGUGUCCAGCGAUGAGGGUAUCUACAUCGGUGUGGAUGUUGUAGUGGGAAAACCAAAAGUGAACGAGGACAAAUCUGUCGGUGGAUAUUGCGUCCGGGGUUCACGUGCUCCAGAAGGACUUGGGCCCGGAAGAGGACGGACUGGUACCAAUGCUGGCGCUGGGCAUGGUGGGAAGGGUGGCUUAUUGUUUGAGGAUGGUAAUGGAACAAUUUAUGGCAGAACGUACGGAAUACGUCAUGAUAUAGAACUUAUUGGUGGAAGUACAGGAACAGCGAAUUGCUCGUCAAAUGAUUGUACCGCAAAGAACUCACCAGAGUUUGUGGUGGCGUGGGGUGGAGGAGCUAUUGAAAUUCACACAAAGAAGAACUUAACGAUCAAUGCUGCAAUUCUUGUCAAUGGUAAGACGUUUUCACUUUUUAAUGAGACCAGUAGCGGUGGAAGCAGUGGUGGAACAAUUAUCCUUUCAUCCUUGAAGCACGUGAUCCUAGGUGACAAUGCAAAACUACAAGCUCAAGGAGCGGAUGCGGUCCAAAAUUUUUCUGACAGCUCUCCCCGUGGGGGAGGUGGAGGAGGCGUCAUUGCAAUCUUCUACAAUGAGGGAUUAGUGGGAGACCCUCCGACUCCAGGUGUAGACACCAAGGGAGGAGUUGGCACCACUUCAGGGGAUAACGGUCUGGUAGUUUUGAACGGGACCCGGUAUUACGGAUUUCCAUCGCUGGUUAUCGAAGCGGGAGAAAUCUCUAUGGGCUGCGUAAUUUUCAACUCUUCCUCACUUUCGCCUUUUCACGAAGUGGAUCUCAAAGCUCACGAAGAGGCACCUUCGAAAUGUGUCGAAGAAUGCCGUACUUCGAAAUAUCAUUACGCUUUAAUCCGACGUAAAGCCUGCAAAUGCACCAAUCAUAACUCGACUCUGCAACAAGUGGACGUAUCAAGAUGCUCUGUGAGAUGCUGGUCAAAUUCUUCACUGAUUUGUGGUGGCGAGCAGCCUUCUGAAUAUAGUGCAUACAGGACAGGUUACAUUUUUUCAUCUUCGUCCGCGGUAAUGAGCAGCGCUACGCCGGUAGCCAGUGCUGUUUUACCAAGUAAGACCUCUGUGGUAGUGAUGGCCUCGUCUUCAGUCUCUCUGGCAACAGAAUCAACAAACGAACCAACAACAGAACCUACAAAAGAGUCGACCACACCUUCCGAAGAACCAACAACUAGAUCACCCACCGAACCAUCGGAAAAGUUUAAAGAAAUUGCAAAUGCAACUAUAACAGAAAAGAACGUGGUUGUCGUGGUAAAACAGCUGAAAAACUUGACGAGCGAAGAAACGCUGAAUGGUGGAGACACGAAAGUCGCACUGGAAAUCCUGCACAAAAUCACCUUUAAUGACAGUUUGCUUCCUAAAAACAAAAGCGAAAGACAAAAGUUAGGACAGAACAUCCUUGAGGUUGCUAGCUCACUUUUGUCGAAGAAAAACAUCGAUAACUGGGGAGUACCAACUAAGAAAGAUAAUAACACAGGAGGGGUGACGUCCCAAACUCAGGUUUUGGAACUGGUAGAAAACAUUGGUUUGAAAAUUGGCGAACAACUUGACAACAACGCUAGCUUAGUCAUCGAGAGUCAGAACAUCGCUAUGGGCGUGGAGACAAGAGUCCCUGACGAGACAGCUCUGGGUGCAGAAUAUCCUAAUUAUGGUGAACUCAGCUCUGAAUGGAAAGGACACGAUUGCGUGUUUGUACACAAAGAACUUUUCGAUGAAAUGGCCACAGACAAAAGCUCAAGAACAACAGUUGUAUACGCCCUCUACAACCAAAUAAGUGAACUUUUUCCCGCAAACACAAACAACAAAGAAAGCUCCAAAGAUCUGAUCGUGAACUCUCGAAUUCUGGCAUUGAAAUUUAACAAACAAACUAGCCCUCCGUUCAAGAAACCCAUAAAAUUGUGGUUUGAUAAGCUAAAGACUGAAAAUGUAACGAAGCCUUCCUGCUCCUUUGUAGACUUUAAAAAAAAUGGAGGCACCUGGUCAGAUACUGGUUGUAACAUGGUUGAUGUGAAUGGUCCGACCGUAGAGUGCGCUUGCGAUCAUCUCACAAACUUCGCAAUCUUGAUGCAAGUCAAAGAAUUUGAAGUCCCAGUGGAACACGUGAAAGCUUUAACAAUCAUCACUUAUGUAGGAUGUGGAAUAUCUUUAUUUGGGCUUGCACUCACCCUCGCUACCUUCCUGUCCCUAGAGACACUGGCUUCGGAACGCACCUCAAUCCACAAAAAUCUCGUUGUUGCCAUUGGACUUGCGCAGAUUGUCUUCCUGGCUGGAAUAGAUGCCAUCUACAACCCUAUUGCGUGCAAAGCAGUGGCCUUGUUCUUGCACUAUUUAUACACAGCGGCUUUUACGUGGAUGCUGUGUGAGGGAAUUCAUCUUUACAGUAAAGUGGUGGAGGUGUUUAGUGAGGGAUCCAAAAUGAAAUACUACUACGCACUGGGAUGGGGUGUACCACUGACCAUUGUGUUUAUCUCCGCUUGCUCUCGCUGGGGUGGAUACGGGAACGAGCGAGCCUGCUGGAUUUCAAUCCAGGAUGGCCUGAUCUGGGCCUUUGUUGCUCCGGUUCUUAUCAUAAUGGUGAUCAACUUUGUUGUCAUGAUAAUGGUCAUCAAGGUCAUCAUUGCAUCUGUGACGUCACUGCAGAACCCUGGAAACACCUCGCAAGUCCGGGCUGGUGUGAAAGGCAUGAUUGUUCUUCUGCCAUUGCUUGGCUUGACCUGGGUGUUUGGUAUCAUGGCCAUCAAUAAGGACACCAUCGCUUUUCAGUAUCUGUUUGCGAUCCUCAACUCGCUGCAGGGACUUUUCAUUUUUGCUUUCCACUGCAUCGGAAAUACCGAGGUACGGGUGGCGUACAAGAGACUCCACGAGAAAAGAACUUUGGCAAAGAGCCUGCCUGAACAUUCUUUGUCCACUUCUCACCAUUCAACAAAAUCGAUGCGAGUUAAUGACAAAAACAGUUUUUUGCUGCAAAAUUUUGUUCUCUUCAAAACGAAGACCAUUCGCAGCGUGUCUGAUGUGAAGCUUUCUGGAGACAAUAUGGCUAUGCAAACGAUUCGACCUGGAUCACGCAAAACGAGCGUGAGAAGCUCAACAAGUGGACAAGGCAUUCAUAAUGAAUACUUAGAACAAAGGAAACCAUUAACUAGAUUAGGCAAAACAGAAAACACAACAACAAACCAAACAAAGUCGUACUUUCACAACUUCAAACCCAGGGUCGGCUUACGUUCUUGCAACAUCGUGUAACUUGAAAAGAUUGAAUAUAAGUUUCUUAUUGUUCACUGAAUUCUUCAGCGUAAAACUCUUUUGCAUACUUUACGUUUAAAAAUAUUUGAAACCUGUGUCUACGAAUUUCACAUUUCUGGCCAUAUUUUGUUGAGGAGUAGCGUAUUUUGUAGGUAAUAGCUACUAUGUCAUAGUGUUAAACUACGGAGUAGAAUUCCACGGAUGACAACGACUUCCACGGAUGACAUAGACUUUGUAACUGUUUGAGAGUACCUUGGAGGCUUUGUUUGCACUUCGAGCAUUUUCCCGAGAGCAAGAAAAUCUUACACUACUGAAUUAAUUUAUGCAGAAGAAAAAAGAAAACCUAUAACCUCACUUCCCAUCAUAAAAUAACUCGAUAUUCGUGUAUAUACAAGUGCUUAUAAUUUAAGUUGUUACAUAAUGUGUGUCAUACAAACAUCUAGAGUAAUCACUGCGUUCAAUAACAUUGAAAAGUGGUAAUGCUAGCAUAUGUAUAAAUAAUAAAUAUGAUAUAUAAAAAGACGUCGGAAAGAACAUUAGGUAGAUUGUGCUUCUCUCAGCUUGUGGUUAUGUAUAUCAGUAAAAUACAUCAAGAACCAUAAAGGUAUAAGGUUAGUAUCAAGCUGGCUAGGCUUUGCUAUUACAACUGAAAUAUUCUGCACGAUGACAAAAAAAAAAUUCUGUGCAGGAUCAUAGAUGGCUUUCUCAUAUAAGUUCUGGAUCUGGCAAUUUUCAAUCAAAAGCUACGUGAUUUGUCACGUGAUGUGUAUGAAAGUUUUAAAACCGCUUUGAAAUGCGAAAAGCGAUAAAAACCCGUCUGUGUGCUAAAGUUGGUCUCAUAGGCCUUAAUGUGCUUAAACUGAAGAGCGUGCUAGACGCAUACUCUCCAAAAAUAGCACCACCUAGUCAGGCGUCCACGUGCUCCUGACCUAGGCCAUAAGUCAUCUAUGUCUAUGUAUCAGAAUGGCAUAGCGAAACGUAGCAGAGACUGGUUUUGAUUGUAAUUUAGUCACGAGGUACUCAAGAAAAAUACUAAGCAGUGCACCAUUUAAUAUAUAUAUCGAUUACCUUCAAUAUAUUAGUUGUUUUCUGUUAGUUUUUGUGCCGCACUUUUCAUGUUAUCUCAUCAUAAAUUUAGGAAAGACGCGACGUCACAUGACCACGCCAGAACGAGAACAAUAGUCUGGACACUACUUGUUUUUAACGCCGUUCACGCGAUAUCGAUACAGCGUUUUCGAUGAGGCGGCCUCAAUAGACCGAAUGUGCGUCAGGAUGUCACGCUGUCUUUGUUUAAUCUACGUUGUGUUACAUGUAGAAUGUGUAUCUUGUCACCAAGUGAACACAUUGCCGUCAAUAAAGCAUAGUUGAUGACCAAA